GAUAUCACGUAAGCACUGCCAGUGCUCUGCUAUUUUUCGACCAUCACGUCGAUCGUGUUCUAGCACGUGCAACCCUGGCUGCAUGUUGAAAUCUGACAUAACUCUCAGUUGAGUGUACUCUACUACGAGCGCGUUCGAUUGGCCUCUUCCAGAACUGGAACACAAGGGAGGAAUGAAAGAGGCGUUCGAUUGACAGUCUUCCUCUUCCAAAGACUCUUCCAGCUCUGGCUGGAAGAGAGGAGUGAUUACACAUGCUCAGUCUUGCAUGUUACCAUCCGUAUAGCGCGAAGAUCAAAGUGACGACGAAAUUCUUGAGCAGAGAAGCUGCGCACGGUGACCACACCGAAGUCACGUCUACGAGGUACUGGCACGCGAAGACCAUACGUGUUCCUCAAAAGGGGUCCCAAAGACAUACAUACUCAUCUAGCUCUUUAUCUAACAAGAGUAGUAACUCAUCAUACUCAAACAGUUCUAGAGCGCAAUUUACGCAAGCAACAACUGCCUUGAGAUCCUUAGGUGCUCUAACUGAGCACGCUCAAUCAAUCUCCCUUUCUUCCAGAAUAAAAGGGCGUUCGAUUGAGUUCCCGUCUUCCAGCUUCUUCCAGAAGAGGUCAAUGGAACGCGCCCCUCGUUCAUGGUCGCCGUCAUACUACUUUCUGCCUCCAGCUGCAAUCACGUGACUUGCACGAGGCAACAAACCAGAAACGAUUGCGAAGUUCGACCAAACGUACCGCUAGCUUACUGCUUUAACACAAAGUUUGCUAAUCGUUUCUUAAUUAAGUUAACGACUAUGUAUUCAUUAAUUAAAUGACUAGCAACAAGGGCGUCGCGAUGGACCUCCAAAUUGGAGAGGCCAUGCUGCUAUAGGGUUUAAGUUUUAUGAAACCUUGUCUAAAAUAUAGGACGCUAAAUCUACUAAUAUUGGGGAGGCCAGGGUCUCCCCAGGUUCAUGCGUGCAUCCACUGCUUGUAAUGCAAGUUGAGUACGUACAACAUCCAUGGGCUGUUGUCUGAACUCAUGCGUCAAAAAAUUUAGAACUUAAUCACAAAUCAAAAAGUUUUAGUUCUAAACUUUCAUUUUACGUUACUCUUCCACGGCGCCACAAAUCCUAUCAUGAUCAUAAAUUUGAUUUCAACAGGUUAUUGGGUGAAAACCUCAUGGUGAGUGUUUGGAGUCAAUAGAUCUUGUGGCAUUGUAUUUAGAUAGACCUACACAAAUAAGCAACGAAUUGAAUUGCGCUAGCUCUUUAUGACAGAAAAUGCUGUGCAAAAUUGAAAGUAAGUCUACAGCCAAACGAAUGUCUGGUUUCUAACAUUCCUGAUUGCAUAACAGUUUGUUGACUGCUAUUCUAAAUCUUUAGAAUUAAACACAUAAACUUAUGAUGCAGAAAGAAUCCAUGCUACUAUAAAAUGUAAUAAUACCAUAUACUCUCAACGUCAUUACUUGUACUUGACAGUUAUCUAGACUUAUCUGUCAAUCUUGAGGACACGUUAAUUGUCAUGUGACCCCUAUAGCCUUAGUAAGAUGGUAUGGUCUGUUUCUUGUUUUGUAUAUGUUUCUCUGAAAGACCCUAAUAGCUGAAUCUAGGAAACACACUGUACCAGUGCUCUUCAUCUUUCUCUUUAAACUAUAGGUAGCACUUCUGUUGGCAAAAGCACUUUGAUUAAUGCUCUGCUUGGAGAGCCAAUCCUUCCAGUGAGUUACAACGCAGCUACUCGUGUGCUCUGCGACAUCAGCUAUGGCACAAAGAAAGAAGCUGUUGUUUAUGAUGAAAUGGCAACUGAAGAACGGAUUGAUCUAACCACGUCUAAAGGACGGCAAAGACUUCAUGAAUUUGUAAGUCACAAAAGGCGACAAGUCAGCAAUAGACUAUCCCAAGCAAGUCUCUCUGCCGACUCAGGCAGUCGUGAUAAAACUGGCCAGUAUUCACAUGUUUCAAUUUUUUGGCCCACUGAAUGUUUGCAGAAUUUUACGCUGGUUGACAGUCCUGGUGUGACGGAAGAUGAUUCUGAAAGCUCCAAGGCACGAGAAAUUACAGAGAAGUGCCAAAGUAGUGCUGCAUGUGGUUUUAUCUACAUGUUGGAUGGUGCCCGAGCAGCAGAAGAGGCAGCACAGGCCGGUGGUUUGCUGAGAGCAUAUGUAAAAGGAACUGGAAAUUCAGGCUUAUCUCCUCAAUCAGCAAUAUUUGUCAUAAACAAGUGGGACAAGGUCUGUAGCGAUCUGAAGCCCGAAGAAGAACGACAGCAGUACUUAGAUCUUGCAGCUGAACAGAUCAAGAUUCGUUGGCCAGGAUUUCGAAAGGAACAACUUCUGACAAUGAACUCAAAGCGAGCGCUGUUGUUUCAAACUUUUGGCAUAACUACUCCAGAUUUGUCUACUCUUUGUGAUUCAAUCAAACAAAUGCUUCCAAAAGCUCUUGAAAACAGGAUAAAACGAUUACAAGUGAAACUAACCCCCCUAAUGAGCUAUGCAGAGCAAGCAUUGGAAACAACAAUCAGGCAGCUGCGAUUGCCUGUUGACGAAAGGAAGAUACGACUAGGGCAAGGGUGGGAGAAACUAGAAGCUGUUGAAUCGUCCCACAAAAAUGGACCAUUGCAUGAAAUGACAAAAAAAUUGUUACAAAAGACUCGAAAAUUUACAACAGACGAUCUUAUCCAUCAUUUGAAGUCAGAAAAUGGACGUAACAAUGUUCUGAAAUGGAAGAAAUCAACGUUACACGAUGAGCAACAUCAGCAUUUUGAUGAGCGAAAUGUGAGCAAGUUUUUACAAGAUCGCAUUACCAAUGAAAUAGCCAAACUUGAAAGUUACCAUAGUCUUUGUGAGUGGGCAAACAACACGUUUGUUGAGGAUGCCCGGGAAGCAGAAAAAACACUGAAUAUCCUGACCCUAGAUGUCAGUGGUGGAAACACAUCAGACAGAGAUAUUUCAGUCAAUAGUGCCACCCUCAAUGAUGAUGAUGAUGAUGAUAGUGAUGACAUCAGCCAGUCUACUAAAAAAUUGAAAUUAGCUGCAGCUGUUAUGGCAACGCCAUUGUUACUUGCAGCUGCUCCAUUUGCUCUUGUUAUUGGAGUCAUUGCCACUCCUCUAGUUGCACUAGGAAAGAUGAUUGCGUCAGUAAAGCAAAAGUCUUUCAAAGCAAAAGUAGCAGAAGCAUUUGAUGCCUUUCUGACCCAAUGCCAAACAGACGAUGCAGAAAAUCUACACAAUCUAGUUUUGACUUUGUUAGAACAACAUUCUCUUUCUGUAAAAUUUGUCACAAAAGACGUUCCUGAACAAAUAAAAACAACUCGCCAAAGACUGAUGGCACUUGAAGAGCAGGAUGAAGUCUAUAUUCCGAAAUACAAGGAGUUGCUGUACAAAUGCCAAGAGAAAAACGGUGAACUAUCAAAGUUCAGUUUACAAAUAUACAGCUACCGUUAUACCGACAACGAUCUCAAAUGGCCUCAGCCUACUAAAUCAGUAGGUACCUGCAGUUUUGGUGCAGUGCAUAAAGUCACUCUUCAAUUUCCUGAAAUGAAAGAAGCUGCACUGAAAUUAAUGGAUGAUCAAAUUACACCACAAAAAGCCCUUGAUUUCAGGAGAGAACUACACGCUUCCCGCAAGUGCAAUCACCCAAACAUUGUGAAGUUGUAUGGAACAGUAGACGUCUUCGCAAACCUACUGAAAGUGGGAUUGCUUUAUGAAUGGUGUGAUGGCGGAAGUCUGAGAGACAUCAUUGCAGAUGCCAAACGAGAACCUGCGUAUACAGUAGCAGGAUUCUCAGAUGCUCAAGGUCUUGCACUAAAUAUAGUCAAUGGCCUAAACUAUUUGCAUGGAAAGAGUGUCAUUCAUGGAGAUCUGAAGCCAGAAAAUAUCCUGCUGACCAAGGGAAGAGUAAUAAAGCUUGCAGAUAUGGGUCUGGCAAAGCACAUAAACCGAUUGAUAGGUACUGUAUGUGAAAACAAUGCAUACAUGGCACCUGAGAUUAUGAGUGACAAGCCCUACACGUGGUCAGCAGAUCUGUUCAGUUUUGGAAUCAUCAUGUGGGAGAUAUGGAAUGGGAAAAAAGCAUAUUCGGACGAACAGGUCAUGGGCCUCUCGCUCGAAGAAUUCUGUAAGCACGUAGAAGACACAACACUUCGUCCAGACAAUGGCACGUUUGCUGGUGAAGAGAUAUCAUCAUUGUAUGCUAGUGACCCUGAUGCUAGCCUCAGCCAAUAUAGAGCCAAAAAAUGGGCAAGUGUGGCUAGAGUCUGCUGGUCAUCUGACCCUCAAAGUCGUCCAUCAGCAAAGGAUACGCACGCCUCUAUUGAAAGUAUUGUCGAUGCUACAUGAACUAGUUAUAGAUCCAUGAUCAGUGAGCCACAAGGCUCCCAAAAGCAAUAUCUAACAGUAUUUACUCAUUAAUGCAAGCACUGGAAACCUUAGGAAGUAAAUUGCUUGCGGUUUGUUUUAGUAUGCUCAAAAUGUCUGCUGGACUGAUGAACACUAAAUCCAUGUAUGCAUGGAUUUUUAGUAUGUAUGCAGUAGUCUUCAGUCUACAUUAAUCAUGGCGAUGGUUUGCAGUUGCUGUCAGGAAGUAAAACUUGAGCAAUCUUCCAAUAUAUCAAAUUGUGAACACUGGCUGUCAGCACAGUAAUUCU